UCUGAAUAGCAUUUCACUUUAUACAGCGACGAAUUAUAUUCAAUAAUAAUUUUGAUUGAUUUGACAUGACUAAAGGCAUAGUAAUGACACAACAAUGACUUAUUUACAAAUAAAUACAUCAUGCUUAACGAUGAAGAUACACUAUAAUGAUUAAAAACCAAAUACUUUUCAAUGCCGCCUUUGUAUUACCAUUACCUCUUAAGAAAUGUACAUUUCUUUAAUUUAGGAGCGCAUCAUUAACAAUUCAAAAACGUAAUACAGUGAAAAAGAAUCCAGAGCAUUUUUUUGUUUUUCUAAUGACCUUCACUAAGAUAAAUGGGUAUAAAUCGUUUAUAAGUUAAUCAAACAAAGACAUUAAAUACUAUGAAUUUACCUUUUAACUCAUUAUAUUGGAGAUUAUAAGAAGCGAAACGCUGAUUUUUAGUUUCUGUUAGGAAAGAAGAAAACCUCUUGGAAAAAAGUUGUAAUUUUUUUAGUAUUGUUACCCAAACUGAUUUUCUCCAGCCCUCAGACUUUCAGAAUGGGACUACAAACAUGCGUGGUGCUACUCGUGUACUUAGGUCUUCUAUUAUUUGCGAGUGCUGAUGAGCGACUUAAUAGCUGGGCUAAUUGUGCAAAGAAGUAUCAGGUUAUUCCUAACCAUUCUGCCUGUCUACAGAGGUCUCCAAUGGCUACACAGUCAGGUGUAUCAGAGGAAAACAAGAGAAAGAUUGUCGAUAAACAUAAUGAAUUCAGAGCGGCAGUACAACCAGAAGCAGUCGUCAUGGCUAAAUUGUACUGGGACGAUGAGCUAGCUAUGGUCGCCCAGAGAUAUGCUGACACCUGUAAGGGACUGGUACACGAUGGUAAAAGACAAAGGAGUAUUCCUGGUCGUUUUUCCGUUGGACAAAAUAUUGGAAGUACUUCAGAAGCCACGGACUGGGAGGAAAUAGUGAGACUGUGGCAUGAUGAGGGAGAAGACUUUACAUUGGGAGGGAGGAAUGAUCCGACGCAAGUCGGUCGAUACGUACAGCUUGUGUCGGCGACCUCGACAAGGAUAGGGUGCGGUUUUACCAUUUGUGGUUCAACGAGAAGCUAUAUUUGUAAUUACGGACCGGGCGGAAUCCAGGACAUAAGCAAUCCCUAUGAAUCUGGCACUGCCUGCAGUGAUUGUCAAGGAAGCUGCAGGAAUAAGCUGUGUGACUGUCAAGGAAAGGUGUGUCAAAAUGGCGGCACGAUGGACUUUAACAGCUGUACCUGUACCUGCAGACCUCCGCGUACAACCUACAUCGGUCCUAACUGUCAAUUAAACUGUACCGGCCAAAGAGACCCACCGCUGUGUGGCAGACAAUUUACCCGCCAGUCCUGUGACACGUACUCUAACGUACCCCAAGACUGCCCCACGAUGUGCCAAGUCUGUCCCUAUGCAGGUAUUGGAUAUGACAACAGCGGAAAGUGGUUGCAGCCGUGUAUACAGCUAUUGUUCCUGUCUAUUGCUCUUUUUAUAUACUUUACUCUGUGACCUAGUUUUUGCGACGCUUUAAUUUCUCCUUUUGAGAAACCUGCAUGAACGUGCAAUUUAGUUUUAGAUUCUUGUUACAUUUACAGAACCAAAAAAAUAUAUUAUUUAAAAUGCCACAUAAAAAUUCUAAACAUAUAUAUCUCAAUUUUCCAAAAGAUGUAACUGUUAUU